AUGUACUCCCCCGACCAGUUCAUGAACCCGGGACCUGCCCCCCGCCCUCCCGCCGAACGGCCAAAGCUCAACUUGCCCACCAACCCGACCGUAGCCACCUCAUUCAGCCAAAUGAGUCUCAACUCCCCCAGCACUCCCGGUCCCGCCAAUUUAUCCUUAUUUCCAAACACUAGCACACCCACUCUCACGCGUACCAAGACUGAACAAUCCGGCCAAGGAGGCGUUGCCGUGAUCAAAGAAGGCUAUGUUCGUUGCAAGGAGGACAAGUUUCUGGCAACAUGGAACCAGCGGUAUCUGAUCCUGCGCGAGUUUCGUCUCGAUUUCUUGAAGAAUGAGACAGGCAAGGUGGUUCUAUCCAUCCCGCUAGCCGCGGUCACUGGAGUCUCGCGCUCGGAGGAUACACGCAUGGCCUUCGAGAUUCUGCGGCUCGCCAAUCCCAAAGAUGCGAAUUCAAAGGCGGCCUUAAUCACCCGCGAUGUGCCCACUAAGAGCAUUACCUGCGAAGUCAAAAGCGACGACGAGAUUUACGAUUGGAUUGACAAGAUAUAUGAACGCUGUCCCGGGAUGGGUGGUGUGAGCAACCCAACCAACUUCAGUCAUCGUGUUCAUGUCGGCUUCGAUCCGCGCACAGGCGCUUUCGUGGGACUGCCUCCGGAGUGGGAAAAGCUAUUGACUGCGUCUGCCAUCACCAAGGAAGAUUAUAAGAACAACCCCCAGGCUGUCAUCGAGGUUCUCGAGUUCUACUCCGACAUUAAGAUGCGCGAGCAGAAUCCGCAGUAUUACGCCGGCUUGGCCUCUCCCCCGACUCAGCAGGCUAAACCAUAUAGCAACACCUCCGUGGGCAAUUCCAUCGCGCCGCCUCGCCCACCACCGCCCGCUCCCGCGCAACGGUUGGAUACCAGCCAGUCGUACUCCAACCGUUCGCCAGCCUCGUCGCCCGCGCAAUCUGAUCGCGCUGCGGAGCAGCAGCAGCAGCAGCAAUUGGAGCGGAUGAACGAGCUUGCGGACCAGGAGCGGCGGCGCGUAGAGGAAGAGGCUCGUCGGGCGCGUCAGCGAGAAGAGGAGCAGAGUAGAUACGAGCAGGAUGCUUAUAAUGCCUCCUUGCCCAAGACUCGCGUACCCCUGGCGAAGCAGGAAUUGGGAGGGUAUGGAUCAUCGGAUGAUCGUUACAAGCCCAGCCGCCCCGCCCCGCAAGCUCCAGGCUCUUCUCGUCCCGACCAGGCGCGCCAAUUGACUGCUCAGCGCCCAGCACCCUCCGCGCCUACGGCCGGGCAGCGACCCGGGGAUUAUGCCAAUGGCCGGACCGAGCAGGCUUCGCCUAGCUCAAGAUACCCGCCCCAGACCCAAGCUACGCGAGCCCCCAACAACGGCACCAAGACGCAGCAGGCUCAAGGGCCGCCCCCCAGCAAGCUUCCAGCGCCGGUGCAGCCGGUGAAGCCAUUGAAUAUUGCGAACAAACAGGCUAUUGGCAAAACCAACGUGCCAGAUGGAGUUCGUCAAGCUGAAGCGGCUUUGACGAAGAAGGCAGAACCCCGGCAGAGGGAGGUACGCAUGUCGGCUAUGAGUGAAAACGAGGUCAUGGAUCGCUUGCGAUCCGUUGUUUCGAAGGAUAAUCCCAAUGAGUCCUACAGUAAGCAGCGGAAAAUUGGACAAGGUGCCUCUGGCUCUGUGUAUGUGGCUCGGGUCAAGGAGCACGCUACGUCUCCAGUUGCACGUGAGCUGUACCGUCAAUAUGGCCCGCGAACCCAAGUAGCCAUCAAGCAGAUGGAUCUGCGCAGCCAGCCACGCAAGGAGCUCAUUGUCAACGAGAUCAUUGUCAUGAAGGACAGCCAACAUUCCAACAUUGUCAACUUCCUUGAUUCGUUCUUGCAAGAGCAGAGCAACGAGCUGUGGGUAGUUAUGGAAUUCAUGGAGGGAGGUGCUUUGACGGAUGUAAUCGAUAACAACCAGGUGAUCCAGGAAGAUCAAAUCGCCACCAUCUGUUUGGAGACCUGUAAAGGGUUGGCUCAUCUACACAGCCAGAACAUUAUUCAUCGUGACAUCAAGAGUGACAACGUGCUCUUGGACCGAGCCGGCCAUGUCAAGAUCACCGACUUCGGAUUCUGCGCCAAGCUCACAGAGUCGAAGAGCAAGCGGGCUACCAUGGUUGGUACCCCGUAUUGGAUGGCCCCUGAAGUUGUUAAACAGAAAGAAUACGGACCUAAGGUCGACUGUUGGUCAUUGGGCAUCAUGGCCAUCGAGAUGAUUGAGUCCGAGCCUCCGUACCUGAAUGAGGAGCCCCUCAAAGCGUUGUAUCUCAUCGCCACCAACGGCACUCCCCGUCUGAAGAAGCCCGAAAAGCUCAGCAAAGAACUUAAAUCCUUCCUCAGCGUUUGCCUCUGCGUGGACGUCCGUAGCCGUGCUACGGCGGAUGAGCUGUUGGCACACGAGUUCCUCAAGAUGGGAUGCAGUCUGGCUAGCCUCGCAGAACUGCUUCGCUGGAAGAAGAACAGCGGACAGUAA